AGGGUCAGAGAAAGAGACUCUCGACACAUAUAGAGAGAGAAAGUUUUAGAGAGAGAUAGGGGUCAAAUCGAGCGGCGAAAGGUUGGGUGUCUUCUUUAGUAUUUUUGUGGUGGUGGUGCUGGUAUUAGCUUCAACCAAAUAACUAAGCAAUAAGAGAGAGAAAGAGAAAACAGAAAGAAAAGAAAAGAAAAACACAAACUGAUAACUGAGAUAACAAUACUAGAGAGAGAUAGUUCCAAGCUCUAAUUUCCAGAAAAAAAAUAAAAAUAAAAACUUUGCUUCACUUUUUCUCCCUCUCUUACCCCUCUGAUCUCAUGCCAUCCUCCCCCAUGGAUCCCUUUGAUUUGAUUCGCAAAGGGGUUGAAUUGCUCAAGAUCUCAUAAAGGUUUUGGCUUUCAUAAUGGAAGGGUUUGGCUGAAGCUGUCUGGAACUUUUGUGUUACUGAUUUUAAGAUCCAUUUGUGUUUUAGUCAUUUUGUCCAUAUUCUUGUUAAUAAUGAGCUUAUCCAAGAAAGGAUUCCAAACAGAUGCGAAACUGAGCACCACAAACAAAGCAACAUCUUUGAAUCCAAAUGCAGCAGAGUUUGUUCCUUUUUCCCUAAGAUCAUUGCCAUCUGGAAGCACGAGCUUGGUAGACACAGCAGCAAGUUUUACUUCUGCUGGAUCUCUUGGGAAAGCAGUUUUAGAUAGAUCAGAAUCAUCCAUUUCAAAUAAUUCCGAUGAUGAGGCUCACCAGUAUUGGCGUUGUCAGCUUCCUGAUGACAUCACGCCUGACUUCAAGGUCAUGGGAGAAGAUGAAUCCCAAGGUCUUAACAAUAUCUCUUUAGCAGGCUUAUCUUUACAUGAUGAUAAUGAAUCCUCAAUGUUUCCUUCUAAGGGAACUAGAUAUAUAUUAAAUGAGCAGCAGGAUUUGUCUCAACAGAACCUUAAUGGCAAUAGUUUUGCUGACAAAUUAAGGUUUUCCAAUUCAACCUACAGGGAAGAACCAACUUCAGCAAGCAUUUUGAACUCAUCAGCAAAGCCUUGGGAUAGGCAAAUUGGGAAUACCAACAUGCAUGUAAACAGUGGUCAAGAGGCACUUGUUUAUGAUGACAACUCUGGACAUGGAUUCUUAAAUGAUGUUUUUGCUGGAAAUUCUAUUGUGAAUGAUACUGAUUUAAACCCUUUGGAGUUUUUAGCUUCUCUAUUCCCUGGUUUUGCUUCAGAAAGCCUUGCUGAAGUUUUCUUUGCCAAUGGAUGUGAUUUGCAUCUUACUGUUGAGAUGCUCACUCAGUUAGAGAUUCAAGUUGAUGGUAGUUUCAAUCAGAAUCUGAGUCCGAAGACUCUGUCAGCUCCCAAUCUGAGUGCGAUGGAUUUUCCAGCUCUUUCUCCAUCAAAUGGCCAGAAUACUGCAAAAUAUGCUGCAGAUAAUGUUCAACAAAGUGGCAAUCCUUACUUAUCAUCUGAUAAGGACAUGCUCAUGUUCAAAUCUGGCUCUUCUAUUCCAUCUAGAGGUUCUGUUGACUUUGCCUCGGCUGUUAGGAAAUUGGCUUCUCAGGAUUCUGGUAUAUGGAAAUAUGAUAAAAAUGGUUCUGGUGAUGCUUCUACUGGCUCAAGUAGGAGUUUAAAUGCUUUGGCUAGUGCCUACAAUGGUGGACAGGGGAGAGUCAACUUUGGUGAUAGAUCACAGAACCGUGGUUCUGCUCGGGCAGCUCCUGUUUGGCUUGAAACUGGUGAAGCAGUUGCAAAUAUGUAUUCUGAGCUGCGGGAGGAGGCUCGUGAUCAUGCACGUUUGCGUAAUGCAUAUUUUGAGCAGGCACGACAAGCCUACCUUGUUGGCAACAAGGCCCUUGCAAAAGAGCUCAGUGUUAAAGGGCAACUGCACAACAUGCACAUGAAAGCUGCUCAUGGAAAAGCUCAAGAAUCUAUUUACCGCCAGAGGAACCCUGUUGCUCCAGAAAUGCAGGCUAAUGGAAGAGGGCACCAGAGAAUGAUAGACUUACAUGGCCUGCAUGUAAGUGAAGCCAUUCAUGUGCUGAGACAUGAACUGAGUGUGCUAAGAACCACGGCUAGAGCUGCCGAGCAGCGUCUACAGGUCUACAUCUGUGUCGGCACUGGCCACCAUACCCGGGGCUCGCGCACUCCCGCGAGGCUUCCAAUAGCUGUACAGCGUUAUCUACUCGAAGAAGAAGGCCUUGAUUUCACUGAACCACAGCCUGGCCUGAUUCGUGUUGUGAUAUAUUGAACCAAGGAGGUAAUAUACAAGUUUCUGACACAGUAAAAUUCCAUCAUGAACACAUAAGACAUUGUAGUCAUUCUUGUAUCUGUACAUGGGAAGUAAUGGCAAUGGCCAAAAAAAAAAAGAAGGAAAAAGAUGUUUUGAGAGGGUUGAGAAAAAAAAAAAAAAAAAAA